AUGGGAAACGUUAUUUCAUUUGAAUUUAUUGAUAAUAAUAUGCAACCAUUAGUAUUAUAUGAAGGUAAUACUAGUAAUGAAAAGGGUAAUUACCACACAAGUGUAGUUACUGAUGUUUAUGGUCAAUCUACUUCAAAGACAAUUAAUGGUUUAGUUGGUGUUGAAACUCAUCUUGUUUAUUUAGAAGACAAACAAAAUUUAGGAUUACAAAAUAGAUUUUACAUACCAAGCAACCAUUAUCAACAAAAGGUAUUUUUUUUAGGAAAGUCAAACCAAAUUCCAGAUCGUGUAAAUCUUGUAAAUGCUUUAUUUACCAAUAUGCAUUCAGAUUAUUAUGAUACUGUUAAGAUUCAAAAGUGGUCUGCAAAUAACAAUUGCCAAACUUACUCUAAAUACAUUAUCGAUAGAUUAGGUUUAACAUGGCCAGAAGAACUUCAAUUUUUACCAUUAGAAAGAGGAAAUGUUUUACAAUUAGUUGAAUUAUACAAUGACAUUAAAAACUCAACUCAUUAA